AUGGUGCUGCCGGAGAUGGAACUCAUGGCUUCGGCCAUCGGAGUCUCGGUCCCCGUCCUCCGCUUCUUGCUAUGCUUCGUGGCGACCAUUCCGGUGAGCUUCCUUCACCGGUUCGUCCCCGGCGGACCCUCCGCCCGCCACCUCUACGCCGCCGCCACCGGGGCAGCCCUAUCCUACCUGUCUUUUGGGUUCUCGUCGAAUUUGCAUUUCCUCGUGCCGAUGGUCUCGGGCUACGCGUCGAUGGUAAUCUGCCGGAAGUACUGUGGGGUUGUUACUUUCUUUCUGGCUUUUGGGUACCUCAUUGGAUGCCAUGUAUACUACAUGAGCGGAGAUGCAUGGAAGGAAGGAGGUAUAGAUGCUACAGGAGCUCUGAUGGUAAUAACACUAAAAAUCAUAUCGUGCGCCAUUAAUUACAAUGACGGACUGCUGAAGGAGGAAGGUCUGCGUGAAGCACAAAAGAAAAAUCGGUUGCUCAAAUUGCCAUCAUUACUUGAGUACACGGGUUACUGUCUCUGUUGUGGAAGUCACUUUGCAGGUCCCGUGUAUGAAAUGAAAGACUAUCUUGAAUGGACUGAGAGGAAAUGGAUUUGGCUGGCUUCAAAAGAUGGAUUUACCCCCUCUCCUUAUUGGCCUACUUUUAGGGCUCUUAUUCAAGCUGCUUUCUGUAUGGGCUUGUAUUUGUAUCUUGUACCACAUUACCCACUUUCCCGAUUUACAGAACCGGUAUACCAAGAAUAUGGGUUCUGGAAAAAGUUGAGUUACCAGUACAUGUCAGGCUUCACUGCUCGUUGGAAGUACUAUUUUAUUUGGUCCAUAUCAGAAGCUUCUAUUAUUGUUUCUGGCCUGGGAUUCAGUGGCUGGAAAGAUUCAAAUCCACCAGAACCUCGAUGGGAUCGUGCAAAAAAUGUUGAUAUUCUAGGUGUUGAGUUGGCCAAGAGUUCCGUGCAGCUACCACUUGUGUGGAAUAUUCAAGUCAGCACCUGGCUAAGGCAAUAUGUCUAUGAGAGGCUGAUUCAGAAAGGCAAGAAACCAGGCUUCUUCCAGUUGCUGGCAACUCAAACCGUAAGCGCCGUGUGGCAUGGAUUAUAUCCUGGGUACCUCAUGUUCUUUGUUCAAUCUGCUUUAAUGAUAGCUGGUUCAAGAGUAAUUUACAGAUGGCAGCAAGCAAGCCAAGUGGCUCUAGUCAAGAAGCUGCUCGAUCUAUUCAACUUUGCUUACACGCUAUUGGUUCUCAACUACUCUGCCGUUGGUUUCAUGGUGUUAAGCUUGCAUGAAACGUUAACCGCAUACAGAAGUGUGUACUACAUAGGGACCAUCAUCCCAGUUGUCCUAAUCCUGCUAGGCAAAGUCAUCAAGCCAGCAAGGCCAGCCAGGUCAAAAGUACGGAAAGAUGAAUGA